AUGGUCCGCUUAGAAAGAAAGACAGAGGGCCGGAAUUCUCGAUGCUUUAAUGACGCUCUCGAUAAAUUCGAGACUGCAGUUGCUGAAUAUGAGGAAGGAUAUGAUGAAUAUCGAGUCAGUCCAGAGAACAGCUUCCUGCGAACAUUUAAUUUAGCCAACGCAUUCUCUUUUUUCCUCCGUACUCACAACUUCUACUACUGCCAAGGACAUUCACAUUUCAAUCCAGUUGUCCAUAGAAACGCCGUAAAUUAUGCUCAAGAGAACCUGGAGAUUUUCAAUACUUCCCAAAAACUGGUCACUUCGGGAAUAAUUGACAACACAAUGCGAUCGCUCAGAGUUGCCGAAGGACUGCCGAUGCUGACUGAUGAUUCCGCCGCACAUAUUAUAAAUUACUCGCUAACUGACUCGAAAAAAGAAGCAAACAAAACGAUAACCUUGGCUAACGAAGAUUUCUAUUUCACUGUGAAAAAAUCAAGAAUCUACGGAUCGUCGCUCACUAAUUCGAUUAGAACAAUCGUUCUCCCACAAUCAAUUGUAGUGUUGGUUUACCGUGGAACUUUGGAUAAAAAAGAAUGGGCAGGGAUACACAAAGUAAUUAAACGAAUUCGAAAGGAAGAGGAAUAA